CACCAUGUGGAGUCUGCUGGUCUGGACUCUGCUGGCUCUACAUCGGAUUCGCGUGGCCAGAGGCCAAGAUGAUGUGUCCCCAUAUUUCAAGACGGAGCCCGUGCGGACGCAGGUGCACCUGGAAGGGAACCGCCUGGUGCUCACGUGCAUGGCGGAAGGCAGCUGGCCGCUGGAGUUCAAGUGGCUCCACAACAACCGGGAGCUGACCAAGUUCUCCCUGGAGUACAGGUACAUGAUCACCAGCCUGGAUCGCACCCACGCUGGCUUCUACCGCUGUGUUGUUCGGAACCGGAUGGGGGCCCUGCUGCAGCGGCAGACCGAGGUCCAAGUGGCCUACAUGGGGAGCUUCGAGGAGGGCGAGAAGCACCAGAGCGUUUCCCAUGGAGAGGCUGCCGUCAUCCGCGCCCCACGCAUUGCCAGCUUUCCCCGGCCGCAGGUGACCUGGUUCCGUGAUGGUCGCAAGAUCCCACCCAGCAGCCGCAUAGCCAUCACGCUGGAGAACACCCUUGUCAUCCUGUCAACGGUGGCUCCGGACGCCGGCCGCUACUAUGUGCAGGCUGUUAAUGACAAGAACGGAGAUAACAAGACCAGCCAACCCAUCACUCUCGCCGUGGAGAAUGUCGGGGGGCCCGCUGACCCCAUCGCACCAACCAUCAUAAUCCCCCCCAAGAACACCAGUGUGGUGGCUGGGACCUCGGAGGUGAUCAUGGAGUGUGUGGCCAAUGCCAGGCCCCUGAUCAAGCUGCACAUCAUCUGGAAGAAAGAUGGAGUGCAGCUGUCCAGCGGCCUCAGCGACUACAACCGCCGCCUCACCAUCCCCAACCCCACGCUCAGCGACGCCGGCUACUACGAGUGCGAGGCUGUGCUUCGAAGCAGCAGCGUGGCCCCUGUGGUCCGGGGCGCCCACCUCUCCGUGCUGGAGCCGCCUCAGUUUGUCAAGGAGCCAGAGCGACACAUCACAGCUGAGAUGGAGAAGGUGGUGGACAUCCCCUGUCGGGCCAAAGGUGUGCCGCCGCCCUCCGUCACCUGGUACAAGGACGCCGCUGUGGUGGAGGUGGAGAAGCUGGCCCGCUUCCGGCAGCGGGGUGACGGCGGCCUGCAGAUCAGCGGGCUGGUGCCGGACGACACCGGCAUGUUCCAGUGCUUUGCACGCAACGCGGCCGGCGAGGUGCAGACCUCCACCUACUUGGCUGUCACCAGUAUCGCCCCCAACAUCACCAGGGGCCCCCUGGACAGCACGGUGAUUGACGGCAUGUCAGUGGUAUUGGCGUGUGAGACCUCGGGGGCACCCCGGCCAGCUAUCACUUGGCAGAAAGGGGAGCGCAUCCUGGCCAGCGGCUCCGUCCAGCUGCCGCGCUUCACGCUCCUGGAGUCGGGCAGCCUGCUCAUCAGCCCCACGCACAUCUCCGACGCCGGCACCUACACCUGUUUGGCCACUAACUCUCGGGGGGUGGACGAGGCCUCUGCAGACCUGGUUGUGUGGGCCCGGACUCGCAUCACCAGGCCUCCCCAGGACCAGAGCGUCAUCAAGGGCACCCAGGCCUCCAUGGUGUGUGGAGUGGCCCACGACCCCCGGGUGACCAUCAGGUAUGUGUGGGAGAAGGAUGGAGCCACCCUGGCCAUGGAGAGCAACCCACGCAUCCGCCUGGACAAAAACGGCUCCCUGCACAUCACACAGACGUGGUCAGGGGACAUCGGCACAUACACCUGCCGGGUGCUCUCAGCCGGCGGCAAUGACUCCCGCAGUGCCCACCUGCGAGUCAGGCAACUGCCCCACGCUCCUGAGCACCCAGUGGCCAUGCUCAGCACCGUGGAGAGACGGGCCAUCAACUUGACGUGGGCCAAGCCCUUCGACGGGAACAGCCCCCUGAUCCGCUACGUCCUGGAGAUGUCAGAGAACAAUGCCCCAUGGACCAUCCUCCUGGCCAGCGUGGACCCUGAAGCCACCUCAGUGAUGGUCAAGGGCUUGGUUCCAGCUCGCUCCUACCAGUUCCGUCUCUGUGCCGUCAACGAUGUGGGCAAAGGACAGUUCAGCAAGGACACUGAGAGGAUUUCCCUCCCCGAGGAGCCUCCCACGGCCCCGCCACAGAAUGUCAUCGCCAGCGGCCGGACCAACCAGUCCAUCAUGAUCCAGUGGCAGCCGCCUCCUGAGAGCCACCAGAACGGCAUCCUCAAGGGCUACAUCAUCAGUUCCCACGGUCCCCCCAGGCAAUGUGCAUGCAGAAGCCACCAAUUCCACGACCAUCCGCUUCACCUGGAACGCCCCCAGCCCCCAGUUCAUCAAUGGCAUCAACCAGGGCUACAAGCUGAUCGCUUGGGAACCUGAGCAGGAAGAGGAGGUUACCAUGGUGACUGCCCGACCCAACUUCCAAGACAGCAUCCAUGUGGGCUUCGUGUCAGGCCUGAAGAAGUUCACCGAGUACUUCACCUCGGUGCUCUGCUUCACCACCCCCGGGGACGGGCCCCGCAGCAGUCCCCAGCUAGUGCGCACCCAUGAGGACGUGCCAGGGCCUGUGGGACACCUGAGCUUCAGUGACAUCCUGGACACUUCGCUGAAGGUCAGCUGGCAGGAGCCGGGAGAGAAGAAUGGCAUCCUCACAGGGUACCGGAUCUCCUGGGAGGAGUACAACCGAACCAACACCCGUGUGACUCACUACCUGCCCAAUGUGACCCUGGAGUACCGCGUCACUGGCCUCACAGCGCUCACCACCUACACCAUUGAGGUGGCUGCCAUGACCUCCAAGGGCCAGGGCCAAGUGUCAGCCUCCACCAUCUCCUCAGGAGUGCCUCCAGAACUCCCGGGGGCCCCUACCAACCUGGGCAUUUCCAACAUCGGCCCCCGCUCCGUGACCUUACAGUUCAGGCCAGGCUACGAUGGGAAGACCUCCAUCUCCCGCUGGCUGGUGGAGGCCCAGGUGGGCAUGGUUGGGGAAGGAGAAGACUGGCUGCUGAUUCACCAGCUCAGCAACGAACCAGACGCCCGCUCCAUGGAGGUCCCAGACCUCAACCCAUUCACCUACUACAGCUUCCGCAUGCGUCAGGUGAACAUCGUGGGCACCAGCCCACCGAGUCAGCCUUCUAGAAAGAUCCAGACCCUCCAGGCACCUCCUGACAUGGCCCCAGCCAACGUGACCCUGCGCACAGCUAGUGAGACCAGCCUGUGGCUCCGCUGGAUGCCUCUCCCGGAGAUGGAAUACAACGGCAAUCCUGACUCAGUGGGCUACAAGAUCAAGUACAGCAGGUCGGACGGUCAUGGCAAGACCCUGAGCCAUGUGGUGCCGGACCGUGUGGAGCGGGAGUACACCAUCGAGGACCUGGAGGAGUGGACGGAGUACCGCGUGCAGGUCCAAGCCUUCAACGCCAUCGGGAGCGGGCCUUGGAGCCCCAUGGUGCUUGGCAGGACCCGGGAGUCAGUCCCGUCCUCUGGCCCCACCAAUGUGUCAGCGCUGGCCACCACCUCCAGCAGCAUGCUCGUGCGCUGGAACGAAAUCCCCGAGGCUGAUCGCAACGGGCUCGUGCUGGGCUACAAGGUGAGGUACAAGGAGAAGGACUCCGACUCCCAGCCCCGUUUCUGGCUGGUGGAAGGCAAUGCAUCUCGCAGCGCGCAGCUCACCGGCCUGGGCAAGUACGUGCUGUACGAGGUGCAGGUGCUGGCCUUCACGCGCAUCGGCGACGGCAGCCCCAGCCACCCCCCCAUCCUGGAGCGCACGCUGGACGAUGUCCCAGGACCACCCAUGGGCAUCCUGUUCCCAGAAGUGAGGACCACCUCAGUGCGGCUGAUCUGGCAGCCCCCGGCUGCCCCCAACGGCAUCAUUCUGGCUUACCAGAUCACACACAGACUCAACGCCACCACGGCCAACACCGCCGCAGUGGAAGUGCUGGCACCAAGCGCCCGCCAGUACACGGCCACCGGCCUCAAGCCUGAGUCUGUCUACCUGUUCCGCAUCACGGCUCAGACCCGCAAAGGAUGGGGGGAGGCCGCCGAGGCCUUAGUCGUGACCACGGAGAAGAGAGACCGCCCUCAGCCCCCCAGCAAGCCUGUGGUGCAGCAGCAAGACGUGAAGGCGCGAAGCGUGCUGCUGUCCUGGGAGCCGGGCAGCGACGGGCUGUCCCCCGUGCGCUACUACACCAUCCAGACCCGCGAGCUGCCCAGCGGCAGGUGGGCGCUGCACUCGGCCUCCGUGAACCACAACGCCUCCAGCUUCACUGUGGACAGGCUGAAGCCCUUCACAUCCUACAAGUUCCGAGUGAAGGCAACCAAUGACAUCGGAGACAGCGAGUUCAGCGAGGAGUCCGAGUCGCUCACCACACUGCAGGCUGCCCCUGACGAAGCACCCACCAUCCUCUCUGUGACACCCCACACCACCACCUCCGUGCUGAUCCGAUGGCAGCCACCAGCCGAGGACAAGGUCAACGGCAUCCUCCUGGGCUUCCGCAUCCGGUACCGGGAGCUGCUCUACGAAGGGCUGAGGGGCUUCACUCUUCGAGGCAUCAACAACCCCGGAGCCAAGUGGGCGGAGCUCACCUCCCUGUACUCCAUGCGGAACCUGAGCCGGCCCAGCCUCACGCAGUACGAGCUGGACAAUCUGAACAAGCACAGGCGCUACGAGAUCCGGAUGAGUGUGUACAACGCCGUGGGCGAGGGCCCGCUGAGCCCCCCGCAGGAGGUCUUUGUCGGCGAGGCGGUGCCCACAGCAGCGCCCCGCAACGUAGCCGUCCACGGCGCCACGGCCACACAGCUGGAUGUGACUUGGGAGCCGCCCCCUCUGGACAGCCAGAACGGAGACAUCCAGGGCUACAAGAUUUAUUUCUGGGAAGCCCAGCGGCAGAACCUCACCGAGCGAGUGAAGACGCUUUUCCUGGCUGAAAAUGGCGUGAAGCUCAAGAACCUGACCGGUUAUACCGCCUACAUGGUCACUGUGGCAGCUUUCAAUGCUGCAGGAGAUGGACCACGGAGCGCCCCCGUCCGGGGCCAGACCCAGCAAGCAGCCCCCAGCGCUCCCAGCUCGGUCAAGUUCAGCGAGCUGACCACGACCUCAGUGAAUGUGUCCUGGGAAGCCCCACGGUUCCCCAAUGGCAUCCUGGAGGGCUAUCGGCUAGUGUACGAGCCCUGCACCCCGGUGGAUGGGGUCAGCAAGAUUGUGACGGUGGACGUGAAGGGAAAUAGCCCCCUGUGGCUAAAGGUGAAGGACCUGGCAGAAGGCAUGACCUACAGGUUCCGCAUCAAAGCCAAGACCUUCACCUACGGGCCGGAGAUUGAAGCCAAUGUCACCACGGGCCCCGGAGAAGGUGCCCCGGGGCCACCAGGAGUGCCGAUCAUCGUGCGGUACAGCUCUGCUAUUGCCAUCCACUGGUCCAGCGGAGACCCUGGCAAAGGGCCCAUCACCCGCUACGUCAUAGAAGCCCGGCCUUCAGAUGAGGGACUCUGGGACAUCCUCAUCAAAGACAUCCCUAAGGAAGUGAGCUCCUACACUUUCAGCAUGGACAUCCUGAAGCCAGGCGUAAGCUAUGACUUCCGGGUCAUCGCAGUCAAUGAUUACGGCUUUGGCACCCCCAGCAGCCCCUCCCAGUCUGUGCCAGCCCAGAAAGCCAGUCCCUUCUACGAGGAGUGGUGGUUCCUGGUGGUCGUUGCCCUCGUGGGCCUCAUCUUCAUCCUACUUCUGGUCUUUGUCCUCAUCAUCCGGGGCCAGAGCAAAAAGUAUGCCAAGAAGACAGACUCUGGGAGUAGUGCCAAGUCCGGAGGCCUAGGUCACGGGGAAAUGAUGAGCUUGGAUGAAAGCAGUUUCCCAGCCCUGGAACUCAACAACCGGAGGCUGUCUGUCAAGAACUCCUUCUGCCGAAAGAAUGGCCUGUAUACCAGGUCUCCUCCACGGCCCAGCCCUGGAAGCCUCCACUACUCUGAUGAGGAUGUCACCAAGUAUAAUGACCUCAUCCCGGCCGAGAGCAGUAGUCUGACUGAGAAGCCCUCGGAAAUCUCAGACUCUCAGGGAAGUGACAGUGAGUAUGAGGUCGACCCGAAUCCCCAGAAGGCCCACUCCUUUGUCAACCACUACAUCAGUGACCCCACAUAUUACAACUCCUGGCGGCGCCAGCAGAAAGGCAUCUCCAGGGCCCAGGCCUACAGCUACACAGAGAGCGACUCUGGUGAGCCUGACCACACCACCGUGGCCAACAGCAACAGCGCCCAGCAAGGGAGCCUCUUCCGGCCCAAGACCAGCCGGACUCCAACGCCCCAAAACCCCCCUAACCCCCCAAGCCAGCAAAGCACCCUCUACCGUCCCCCCAGCAGCCUCGCCCCUGGCUCCCGGGCUCCAAUAGCAGGAUUUUCAUCAUUUGUUUGAUGUCAGAAGAGGAAAGAAGAACGAAAAAAACGAUACCAAACUCCUCCUUUACAGCUUCCUCACCGCCUGCCAGAAAACAAAAACACCAAGAAACUAAGUCAGCUUUUCAACUCCUGAGUUUAUUUUUCCAAGAUUCCAGGGCCAGUAAAGCUGGGACUAAGAAGGAGGCUGAAAAAAAAAAAAAACCGCGCGAGGACGGGUGUGGCCAGCAAUGGGUCGGCUUUGAGACUAUGGGGUCCACUGCAGCGGCAGAGGACUCAGUGGGUUGGGUCCUUGAAGAGAGGGGGGAAGGGAAGACACUGGUCUGGAGCCCUGGAGGCUGGGGUGGCUGAGGGGUGGGGAAGCUUUCUGGACAUCUCGCCAACUGCCUGCUUCCCAUGUGUGCUGGAUCCCAGGCCCACUUCUAGCUGUUCUCUUGGGAGAAGGAUGGGUGCCCCCAGAGGCAAAGGGCGGCUUCUCUCUUGCGCCUUCUCCUGGCAGGUGUCCCAUGACCCUGCCCAACUCCCUGCCUGGCCUCGUCACGUCCACUGCUCACCUCACUUGCUCAACUUCCCCACCAAGCACCUGGUUUAUUUAGAAAAGGGAAAAACAACUAAAGGGUGAGAAGCUGCUUAGCAACUUCCCUGGUCCUGCAUAUUUUUAAAACUGUGACCCCACAGAAAAGGGCUGGAGGGCCGCAGAGAGCCCCCACACAGCCACGCAGCCAAACCCUGCCGCUCUUUGCGUGAGUUCAGUUCCGGAGCACAGAGGAGGGGUGAGUUCUGGGGAACGCAAGUGUAGGGUGGCGCCUGGCUCCAGUCUGGGGACGACCAGGGUUAAUGCCUUGCAGGAAGUCAGGAGUGGGAGGAUGGAGCUUUGACCCUUCUUUCUUCCAGUCCAGCUACCACCUGUCGCACUUUUAAAGGAGGGAAACAAGGAUGCUAGGACAAGGAGAUUCAAAUUGGCUAGGCCAGGAGUUUGGCAGGUGAGGAUCACUGUCAGGGUACACACACCACUUUCCCUCUAGCACUCAUGGGUAUGUGCACAUACCCACUUCAAGGAAAUGGGCCUAGGAAUCCUCUCCAGGAGAAUUCCCCCUUCCCCAACAGCACGUCACUUCUGGGUUGCUGUCCCUCUGCCUCUUCACCCAGAGCCUCCUAAGCACAGCACACAGGAGCCCAGGGCAGUGGCCUAGUCCCUGGUCCAGAGGCCAGAGUAGUGAAAGUGCACCCACUCCACUCAGAACUGGGUUUACAGAGUCAAAGGACACCCCAACCCCCAGUGACAUCUUCCAGGCUGGGCUCAGCUGGGCCAGAGCUGGGAACAAGGAGAGGCUGGUCAGUAGGCCCAGGGCAAACAACAGCCUCUGAGAUGCCUGGCCAGCCAGGCCAGGAGGGGUGGAUCAUGUGGGACCUGGGGACGGGAAAAGCUAAUGAGAAGCAAAGCUUUUAUAUGCACACAAUCUGCUCCAAGGAAUGUUCUUUAAAAAGCUGCUCCGGGUGGCCUGAUCUUCCCAUCAGCUUGAGACUUCCAGCGCAAGGUUAUUCAGAUUCUCUGGGCUGUCUGAGGCCCCUGGGGAUUCCAGCCAGCCCUGUGAAACUGGCCCGAGGCCCAUGCACUGCUGGGGAUGGAUGGAUGGAUGGUUACCUCUCUUAGCCGGGACCUGUUGGAUUCGGCACAGGGCCCCUUAGUGAGCAGAGUUUCCUGGCAGUGCCCUGCAGCCCUGCCCUGGAGAAGGCCAGACCCUGUUUAGAAGGAUGAGAAGCAUCAGAGGAGGCCCAAGUGGGGAGUGGGUGGACAGACCAAGGAAAGAGAGAGCCUGUUCCCCUCCCUACAAGCCCCAAAUUAGUCAUUGUGCGAAUGGUGACUGGGAAGGAAAGGCAAGGACAGGGCCCAGGAAAGGGUAUGCUCACCCAGGGUGUGUGGGCUGCCCCAGUGCACUUGGCCCCUGGGAAAUGUGAAUGGGGAGAUUUGACCCUGCUGCUGGAUGCAGACAGUGACUUCUCCAUGAGAUCAGCUUUCCUCUAAAGCAGGACAAGGGGCUGCAGCUUCACUCCUCUGGAGAGUCAGGUGCUCAGGGCCUCUGAAGACUUGUCAGAGGCUGCUGGGGGCCUACCCACCUGCCUCAUCGGGCAUGUCCAUGGCCGCACAUCUGCAGCCUUGCUUGUGAUCUCCCUGCUGCACUUCCUUUUUUUCCUGUUUUUUUUUUUUUAACAACUUCAUCUUUCUUCUCUGUGGAGUGUUUAACCAUUUAAGGAAGUUCCCAGUUUGCAUUAAGGAAUUAUUUUAACCCAGCCCAGUGACAGAGUUCAGGGGAGGGAGCAGGGUGAAUAGAACCAUUGUGUGGAUGUGUGUACAUAUUGCACGAGGCCAGUUUUCCUUUGCCUUUAAUGAAUCACUUGGUGCACUACGGUAUCUCCCUCCCCCUCCCCACGUACUCAUUUGCACCUGAGCUGACACCCACGUGCACAUAAGUGAUGGUGCCUGUGCACACCUGUGCUCGUGCACACACACAGAUAUGCAUAGAACACAUGCCCGUGUGUGUGUGUGUUAGCAAAGGGGCUCUUAGUGGUCAUUCUGAUGGUCUGAGCUGUAUCUCCCCAUUAGGCACAUGUGGCCUGGGUGACAGGUACUUUGGGUGUACUGGGGAUCUGGACCCGAGAAGGUGAGGACACUAAACCACAGCUCCUAGAGGAGCCCAGGAAGUCAGGCUGGGCCCAUGGUAAACGUCCUCCCCUUAGUCAAUACCUACCCAUCUGCAGUGUUCCCGCCACUGCCCCUGCCACAUCUGGGCACCCAGGAGGGUCUCUAGUUGUGGAACUCUAGGUUUUUUUUAAAGAAGACAUCUUUUUGCCCUUGUUUACAUAUCUUCUGGGGCAGGGGAGGCUCAUGGCACCUCCUCCCAGACACCUGGCCACUUUAGAAAGGUGUAGUGGGCACUACCCAUGGGUCUUAGGGAGCCUUCUUGGCCUUUGACUUCCUGAGCUGUGACGCCUGGACCCCUGCUGGGGUGCAGGUCUCAGAAGCAGGUUCAUACCUGCCCUUUGGUGGUGCCUCACUCUGCCCUAAGGAAAUCUGGUGGUGUUCUCAGGAGCCCACGUUUGGCACACCAGGCCACUCUUUCCCCUCCUGACUAUUUCCUGGGUUCAUGUGAGCUCUGCACCCAGACUGCCAAGAUAAACCAAAUAAAUGCUCUGGGUUCCAGAAGCACCUUCCUUCUAGGGCUCAGGAAGUUUGCAGACCCAAGCUGCCUCCCCUUCUGUCCCCCACCCCCCCCCUCAAACUGACACUGCCUGAGUCAGAGGAAACAAGGCCACAGCGGGGCUGCCAUGCCCAGCACACACUUCUCAAGGCCUUCUCUCGCUGCCCAUGCAUCCCGAGCAGCGCUUCUAAAGGUGCCAGAGCCUCACCAUAGGCCACGCUAGGCAGGGGCUUCCCUCACCUGCCCAGGGAGCACAGUGAGCCCACACUGGUGAGGAGCCAGCAGGCAGGAGGGUGCAAGGGGACCCUCUGAGCAGCUGCACCAGCUCCUGAGUGCCUCUGUACGGUCCUGUGCAGGGACACCUACCCUGAUCACUACCCUGCCUGCACACACAGGUGCACCCUUGGGACCACCUCCUCUUCUCUCUGUUUCCAUAAGAUAACCAAAAGCAUUUAAACGUGUGACCUUCGCUCACCCAUACAGACUCCCCAGACAAAAAUCAAUACAAAUCUUUAUUUUUUUGAUUUAAAAGAUAUAAUGACAAAUUACGGGGAAAGUAUUCAUUAUGGCAGGUGUCUAUCUGUAAGAAAAUAUAUAUCUAUAUGUCAUAUAGCUUGUUAGCAGGUUUAUUUUUUAAAUGAAAGGUUAAAAAAAAAAGAAAUUGAUUUGAAAUAUAUACCACGAGAAGUCCCAUGUCCUGUCAAACUGUUAGUAUUUUAUAAAUAAACUUUUGUUUUAGAA